UUUAAAAAAAUCAUUUCAAAUUUGAAGUUUCUAGCGACAUAAGCUACGAAUACGUUCAAUGAAUAGAGCUCUAGCACCAUGCUCUGCUUGCUCCAUUUUUUUAUGGGCACAGGGUAUGGAAGAAGAACAGGGAACAGAACUGCUCCCAUUUCCGACAGCAAAUGUGAAUAUGAAUGACGGGCUGACAGCUCAAAACUCUCGUCUCGGUUCGUCUCGGCUUUCAGCUCUCAGCGGUUGUUGCAAUUAUGUCGCAUCAAAUAAUUAUAACUUGACUUGGCAAACAUUUCCUGCGUUUCGUAAUAAUUAGCCAAAGAAGCCCCCAAGAGAUGCCAGCAGCAGCAGAUCAAUCUCACACACAGAGCGAAGAACAAAGAACAAGCGCGCGCCCAAACAUCAAGAUGCGAAUACCAACAACAAAAACAACAACCUCAACAUCGACAACGACAACAAUUCAACCUGUUGGUGCGAAGCGUUCGCUAAUGGCGAGAAGAAGAUCAGCGUGUAGACUGCAGACUGCAGACUUGAGCUUGCGGCUGAGUCUGUGACUGAGACUUGCCACAGCGCCCAGUUUGAUUCUGGCCAGCGACGCGUGCGGUUGUCGCUGCUGUUGUUGCCGCUACAAAUAGAAAAAAAAUUCAUAGUAAAGCUUAUGUGUUGUUAAAGACAUGCCACAAUUGUCACCUGCGUCGGCUUAAAAUGUGUGUGAAACUCAGUUAGCUGCGUCGAUUGCAACUGCUGCGAAACUGUGCCAACUGCAGCUAAAUUGGCACAGCUCUUCGGCUGUGUUUUGAUCGUGCUGCUGACCCAUUUUGUGGUAACCUGGCGUGGUCAGGUAUCAAGGACACAAUCGCCGACACAAUUGAUUCUAAGCUGCUGCUAGCUUUGUCGUCUCCCGCUGAGUGAAUCAUCCAACUCCAUUAAAAAUAACAAUAACAAAACGGGCAGUAAAAGUGGAGCAGCAGUCAUAAGAAAUCUAAGUAGAAACAACACUUGAAAUGGAAAAGCAGAAGACACCAACACCAAAACCAAAUAACAACAACGAUUGUAAUAACAACGCAACAAAGCGACGACAUAAAAGUGAAUAAGAAAUUGUCAUGCUUUCAUUAACAGCAACAACAGCGACAACAACAAUAACAACAACAUUAACAACAAACGCAAAACAAAACUCAAAUUUAACUGUCAGCAAUUUGUGUUAAAAGCAAACUCCAAAACAGUGACUCGUGACUCGUUACUCGUCCAGUGAACAGUGACUAUGUGGUGGAAAUUAAAUUGUGAUUUGCUGCUACUCAGCCUCUGCCUGUUGCUCUGCCAAUUAGAGCCCAUGAGUGCCAGCAUACUCAACACAUUGCUGGGCGUGCCGGCGGAAUGUGUGCAUCAGAGUGGCGUUUGGCCGUGCAAGCUGAGCUUCUCCUGCUGGCUGCAAGGCGGCAAGCAUGCAAAAGGCUGCGGCAGCAACAAAUUGCUCUUCAGCUGCUGCGUCAACGAACCCCAUCAGCAUCAGCAUCCACAUCAGCAUCAAUCGCCACUCGAUAAUCUCGUCGACUACAGCAAACUCAAGAUGAGCCUCAACAGUCUGCCCAAGCGUAUUAUGCUGCGACGACGCGAUGAUAACGAGCUGCACAAUGUCAAGCCCGAAUGCGGCAUGCCACGCACAGCACAGAAUACGCUGCAGAAGCGCAUCAUUGGCGGUCGACCGGCCCAAUUCGCCGAGUAUCCAUGGCUGGCACACAUACGAAUCGCGGAGUAUCAAUGCGGCGGGGUAUUGAUCUCGGCCAAUAUGGUGGCGACGGCGGCGCAUUGUAUACAACAGGCGCAGCUGGAUGAUAUCACAGUGUACUUGGGUGAGCUGGACACACAGAAUCUGGGCCACAUUCAUGAACCGCUGCCCGUGGAGAAGCACAGCGUGCUCCAGAAGAUCAUACAUCCGCGCUUCAACUUUCGCAUCACACAGCCCGAUCGUUAUGAUCUGGCGCUGCUAAAGCUCGCACGUCCCACGGCUUUUAGUGAGCACAUUUUGCCCAUUUGCCUGCCUCAAUAUCCGAUUCGUUUGAUUGGCCGCAAGGGUCUAAUUGCCGGCUGGGGCAAGACGGAGGCGCACAUGGGGCAUGCCGGCACCAAUAUGCUGCAGGUGGCCAGUGUGCCCAUCAUAUCCACCUUGGACUGCAUACGCUGGCAUGAGAGCAAGCAGAUCAAUGUGGAGAUCAAGUCGGAAAUGUUUUGUGCCGGUCACUCCGAUGGUCACAUGGACGCUUGCUUAGGCGACUCUGGUGGUCCUUUGAUUAUCAAGGAGCGUGGACGCUACGUGCUAGUGGGCAUCACCAGUGCCGGGUUUGGCUGUGGCGUGGACCAUCAGCCGGGCAUCUAUCACAAUCUGCAGAAGAGUCUGCGCUGGGUGGAGGAUGUCGUGCAACACAAUGAGCUGUGUGACUCUGAGCGCAGCUCCAAAUUAAACAUUAGUCAUGCCAGCGGCAGCAAUAACAACAACAACAACAAACAGCAACAGCAACUGGCAGAGCAACAACUAAGCAACAUGCGAUAUGCAAUUGCCAACAGCUACAACUCUGUCUACAAUGAAGUGGUUACUCCAGAGCUGAAGCAGGCCAUUGACAAGGAUUUGCCCAAGCAGGCAAAAUUCUUUGAUGAGCUCGAUUGUAAGUACACACCAAAAAACAGCUCAUCGCGCAAUUGUCGUUGUUGCCGCUUCGCGCUCCUUCAGGAGCUGAACAUGUCGUGCCACAGAAAGGAUAAUUGGCUGUGGCUUUGGCUCACACUUACCACAAGUUUCGUCCUCACGCCUCCCUCCGGCUACAGCGUCGCUGCCUUAGGCUAUCCCAGCGCACAACAGGAGCAUGACAUGCUCAUCUUGGACGCACUGUCGCGUCGCAGCGGCACCGGCUACUAUGGCGAGAACAGCGUCAUGGAGAUGCUAUCCCGAAUGAUACCACAAUCGUGCCGCUUCCGUGGCCACAAAUUCGAGUGCGGCUUGUCCAUCUCGUGCGUCUUGGGCGGUGGAAAGCCGCUGGAUCUCUGCUCCGGCGGCAUGAUCUGGUCAUGUUGCGUAGACAAAGAUCUCGACGCCGAGGAGAGUCCACAUGCAGCGCCGGUCAACAAUACAAGUGACAUAAUACAUUUGCACGACAUAUAUCCCGAUCUGUCACCAACGGGCAACAAGCCAGCGCAUCAUCAGCAUCAACUCCAACACCAUCAGACGCAGCACAACAAUAACGGCCUGUCAGCGGCCUCGUCAUCAUCAUCAACACGUCCCGCCUAUCCCAACCACGCCUACUACAGCACAAAGCGUCCGUCGCAUUACAGCAGCAAUCCGUAUAAGCCCAGCUCUAGUUCCGGUUCCUCCUCUGGUUCAUCAUCAUCUGCACAUCGCCCCGGUUCAACGAGUCUGAACAGUUGGGAACAGCAUGACGUGAAUCAUUUGGGCAUCACGAACCAUCUGGACAAUUUCUUUGAUGUGGAUGCACCACCCGACAGUAGCAGCGGUGGCGGUGACAUAACACGUCCACAGCAACCGCAGAAGCCGCUGCCACACGAACCACAAGCUCAGCCCUUUGCGGUGGGCAAUGUGCUCGAUUUGAAUGCCGGCGAAGCGGUGGAUGAGUACGAAAGUGGCGGUGGCUACAACGAUGCCGGUUAUCGACCUGUUCCGGGUUGUGGGGAAGUUUAUUCACGCUCCAAUCGCAUUGUUGGCGGUCACUCCACGGGCUUUGGCUCGCAUCCCUGGCAGGUGGCACUUAUCAAAAGUGGUUUUCUCACACGCAAACUCAGCUGCGGUGGCGCGCUGAUCUCCAAUCGCUGGGUGGUAACAGCUGCCCACUGUGUGGCCACCACAACCAACUCGAAUAUGAAGAUACGAUUGGGCGAAUGGGAUGUGCGAGGCCAAGAGGAGCGUCUCAAUCACGAGGAAUACGGCAUUGAGCGCAAGGAAGUACACCCACACUACAAUCCCGCCGACUUUAAGAACGAUGUGGCGCUCAUACGUCUGGAUCGGAAUGUGGUCUAUAAACAGCACAUCAUUCCCGUCUGUUUGCCACCGCCUACCACAAAAUUGACGGGCAAAAUGGCCACUGUGGCGGGCUGGGGACGCACGCGGCAUGGACAAAGCACUGUGCCCUCUGUGCUGCAAGAAGUCGAUGUGGAAGUCAUCUCCAACGAUCGCUGCCAGCGCUGGUUCCGCGCAGCUGGCCGACGCGAAGCCAUACACGAUGUGUUCCUUUGCGCUGGAUAUAAGGAGGGCGGUCGCGAUUCCUGUCAAGGCGAUAGCGGUGGACCGCUCACGUUAACCAUGGAUGGCCGCAAGACGCUCAUUGGCCUCGUGUCGUGGGGCAUUGGUUGUGGUCGGGAGCAUUUGCCGGGCGUCUAUACGAAUAUACAGCACUUUGUGCCGUGGAUCAACAAGGUUAUGGCCAAUGACAACAAUGCGUAGAAUCGAAUUGAAUCGAUUAUAACAGUCUCUCAUUGGCUGGCUGUCAUUAAGUAAUCGAAUUGGAAGACUGCAGUCACACACACUCGAGUAAUUGCGCUGUUAUUGUGCGUACGUGCAUCUGCAUCACCGUUGCCUGGCCAUGUGAUUCCUCUACGACUCGGGGUUGCUAGUGUUUAAGUAUAAGCUCCCAAAGUUGCGCUCUCUUAGUUGCGCGCAUCUUCUAUUUAUUUCUAUUAUUAUUAAUAUUAUUAUAUUUCGUUCACCACGUUUGUGUAACUUGUGCGUAAACAUGCAACGGUUAACACUAAUCAUAAACAUAUUUAUUACAAACGAAUCGAUUAUAAAAUUUCAUGAAUUUACACCUAAUUUUAUUGCUAAUUG